CUAAUACUUCUCAAUAACAGCAACAGCUGAUACCUUUCGAGUCGGUAAUUGCUAUGGGCAGCCUACACCGUCUACACACAUCCUGCUUCUUGAAUAACGAUGGUAAAAUAUUGAAUCAUCACGCGUAAAAAACAAAUCGCUUGUAGAAACUCAGCAAACGCAACAAAGCAAAGAAUAAAAAAUAUCCAAAUGUUCAGCUUCAUCACUUCACUUUUUUCAAAGCCUUUGACUCCAGAAGAAAUGGCCACCGUUGAACAGUUUGUCGAAGAUCUAAUCAAGAACAACAAGGUUGUUAUGUUUUCCAAGAGCUACUGCCCCUUCUGCGAACGCGCCAAAAAGUUGCUCCAAAAGCUCGGUCAAGACUUCUUUGCCAUGGAAUUGGAUAAGGAUGCAAACGGAGCUGCUAUCCAAGACUAUCUUCAAAAGAAAACCGGUCAGCGCACCGUGCCCAAUGUCUUCAUUAAUGAAGAGCAUAUUGGAGGAUGCGAUGAUUUGUUCGCCGCCGAAUCGAGCGGUAAGCUCAAGCAGCUCUUGUCGGCUUAAACUCGCGCGAGGACAGCAGGCUUUAGCGCAUAUUCAACAUAGCGUGUUUUUGAAACACAUCAGAUCAAAUCAAAUAAUAAAUGCGCAGCGCUUUACGCACACACA